AAUUGAAUUGAAAUUGUAACAUUUUUAGUGGUGAAAUGAAAUUGUAGAGCGAGGGAGAGAGACGUCUGAAGGGUGAACUCUCUGAAUCUGUUAAGACUGGUUGCUACUUCAACAAAGUUAUAUUCAUUCACUGAGUCAGUGUGUGUGUGCUUACACUGUGUGUGUGUGUGAUGGGAGAUGAUAAAUCUCUCAUCGUAAUGGGGAACAUCACCAGAGAAAGAGAUCGCGAACUACUUAUACCCGUUACCGAUUCUGUUGAUCACCGCCGCGAUGCCGCCUCCGCCGCCGCCUCCUCCUCCUCCUCCUCAAAACCCUCCGCCUCUGGUUCCUCCGCUCACCACAAUCAUUCGGGCCGAGAGACAUUCUACAAAGUUGUUAGGAGCUGGGCUUCGAAGAAGUUCAUGACUGGCUGCGUCAUUCUCUUGCCGAUAGCUAUUACUUUCUAUAUUACAUGGUGGUUCAUUCAUUUUGUGGAUGGAUUUUUCUCCCCCAUUUAUUCUCAUCUCGGAAUUAAUAUAUUUGGUUUAGGAUUUGUGACCUCCAUUACUUUUAUAUUCUUGGUUGGAGUGUUUAUGUCAUCGUGGUUGGGGGCUUCUGUUCUGGGCCUUGGGGAGUGGUUUAUUAAGCGUAUGCCAUUUGUUCGUCAUAUUUAUAAUGCCUCUAAGCAAAUUAGUGCUGCCAUAUCUCCAGACCAGAAUUCACAAGCUUUCAAGGAAGUUGCUAUUAUAAGGCACCCACGUAUCGGUGAAUAUGCAUUUGGGUUCAUCACUUCAUCCGUGGCCCUCCAGAGUUAUUCAGGAGAGGAAGAUCUAUGCUGUGUGUACGUCCCUACAAAUCAUCUUUACAUUGGUGAUGUAUUCCUCGUCAAUGCUAAAGACGUUAUUAGACCAAAUUUGUCUGUGCGAGAAGGAAUCGAAAUCGUUGUGUCUGGUGGAAUGUCAAUGCCCCAAAUCCUAUCUACAUUGGAUCCAAGAACUACUCAAGUGGAGUAGAGUUAGACCUAAUAGAAAAGCUGAGAUGCUCGAAAGUAGAUGUCGCCAAAUCAUCAUUUCUAUCACCGUUCUGCAUUCCAGAUAUACUCGUUGGCAUCUUCCCUUAGUUUUAUAGUAGUAUUAGUAGUACUAGUAGCUUCUAACUUGAAAUGAAUAUUUGAGAUCAAUAUUUCUUUUUUAAUACCUUCAAAUGUUAUAUUACAAUCAAAUGUGCAACAAUAACUGCAGUUUUACGGAGUAGGAAGUUGGAUUUUACGAGAAAAAAAGGUAGUUGAGUUUCAAUUAGUGUGUUUGGCUCUUGUCCUUUU